UUUGUUUAUCGGUUGGUUUUACCUACUUGCUCAGACCAUGUUUAGUUUUUAACAUGAGUGUGUGUAAGGUGAUUUUGACACCGCCGGUACGGGCGAAUAUUAUUAUCAUUCACUAGCUAAUUUCACACAGGUCAACAAGCUGAACGAAUACAGUGGCCAUGGAACCUACAAAAUCAAACAGGGUGUCGAAAUUGUGGAUGUUUCUAGCAAAGGUUGCGCUGGUAACACUAGUCCAAGAGGAGACAACUCAAUCAGAACAAGAUAAUCCCGAGACUAUUACUCCCGUAAGCCAAGAAGAAGAUGAACUUUCUAAAGUUAAACUUCCGCGAAAAUUGCCCUCAAUAAUAGACAUUAAAAGAUCCAUACCAGCUCAUUGCUAUAAAUCAAGCGUGAAAACGUCACUUUAUUUCGCAAUCAAAGAUGUUGUAUUGAUUAUUGUGUUAUAUUUCAUAGGCGAAUUACUCUUAAAGUAUUUACCCUUAUGGGCUAUAGUAAUUACAGCACCAUUGUUUUGGUUUAUUCAAGGUACUAUUUUUACUGCCUGUUUUGUAAUUGGUCAUGAUUGUGGUCAUGGAUCAUUCUCCAAUUAUGAUCUAGUCAAUGAUACCGUGGGUACAAUCAUGCACGCUUUCCUGAUGACUCCAUAUUUUGGAUGGAAAAUCUCUCACAAAAACCAUCACAAGAAUACUGGUAACAUUGACAAGGAUGAAGUUUUUUAUCCUAUCCGAAAGAAGUUGUCUACUCCAGGACCUUCUUUACCAGGUUUCGGGCUGGCUCUAGGGUAUUUCGGGUAUCUAGUAUUUGGAUAUGAACCACGUCCAGUUCAACACUAUAACCCGUUCCAGAAACUUUACGUGAAACACGUUCUUGGCUGUUGCAUAUCCCUGGGCUGUCUGUGUUUCUGGAGCUGGUGUCUGUACAGUUAUGUGAUGAGUGAGGGCAGCGUAAAGUUGUUUUAUCACUAUAUUGUUCCAUUAUUUAUAUUCGGAUCUUACACCGUCAUCAUCACCUUUUUGCAUCACACCGAAGAGGAUAUCCCAUGGUACUCUGACGAAAAAUGGGAUAACGUACGGGGACAGCUGAGUUCUGUUGACAGACAUUACGGUAUUGUUCAUGACGUUCUACACAAUAUUACCACCCAUCAGAUACACCAUUUGUUCCCAAAAGUGCCCCAUUAUCAUCUGGAGGAAGCUACCAGGGCUUUCCGGGCAGCUUACCCAGAGCUAGUCAAUAUACGAACUGACAGAGCACUUCCAGCAUUUUGGAGGAUGUUCAAGAAGUAUGCCAAACAAUCAGUCAUUCCUAACGAUACUCAGGUUUACCUUUACAAAUAAAUUUUAAAAAUCCCCGCACAACAGCAGUACAAAAACAGACUUAGGUAGAAUGAGAGGCAGUUUAUUCAUCUUCAUAACGUUUCAGAUUAAAAGACGCUUUAUCAAAUUAUAAUUGUCGUUUAAUUAGUUUAGCCAUGGUAAAGUACGAUAUAAAUAGUUGAUGUAUGUACUUAAUUUUAUAAUUGAUUCUAUUUGUUCCUACAAUAUAUGAGCAGGUAACUUAUUAAUGAUACUCAUUCUGUCCUAGUCAACGUCUAGGAUAUUGUCCCUCAUGAAUUAUUGUUUUGUAUAUUAAUAAUACAUGUAGGUGUUUUCACCGAAUAUAUCUGAAACUAUAACAUUGAGCAAUAGUUUGAACUUGGAUUUCUACGCUGCAGAGUGUAAUGAUCAUUUUUGAAGUCAUUCGUCACCCAAAUCAUUAUUAUGGUGCGGUUUAUACAUUUUCGUUUGAAAAGUCUUUUACCGGAGGGUAGUUUUUACUUUAUGAAUGAAAAUGUAGUAAAAGGGAUUCUUGUUGGCUAAUAAAGUGUUGUUUUUUUCUUCGAGCAAUCUGGUCAAAUAAAACACUGUAUAGUAGAUAUGAAUACAUUAAAAUAUUGUUUGUUACGAAAUUAUUGUGUGAUUGGGCGAUGAUGAGUGUUCUUUGUAUGAUAUAUAACAUUUUAAACAAGAUUUGUAAUUGUCAAACGUUUCAUAUCCCGGUGCUUUGUGUCCAACGGCAUAACGUGUGUAUGAUUCAUUUUAAUGUUGUUUAGUAUUUCCUGUCUUAUUUAUGGAUAUAUUUGCAUAUUUACCGUGUCACUGUUUAUAACAAUUACCCCCCCCCCCCCACCUUGUGGCGAUUUUAAAUAUUAAAUGGGUCCAACUGUUUGUCACAUCUCUUUGGAACACAAUAAUCUUAUGUCUAGUUAAGGUAAUACUCAGCAUGGGUAUAGGUAUUCAUUGGCUAAUAAAUGCUCAGGAUAACGUUGAUUCUAAUUGAAUGAGAGAUGUAGACCUACACUUUCAUUACAUCAAAACCUUAACUACAAGUUCAGUAAGUUCCCGACUCGGCUAAUUGCUCAAGACUGUGAGACACGUUAAACUAUGGAAAAAUAACGUUGCCAAUAUUAUUAGUUCAAUGAUCACGAUGCAAAAUGCAUAUGUCAGCAAUUCAAAAUACAUAUUUAUUUUUAGUUUUACAAUUUUCCAUUUGCAUUGCUCCACAAUACCAAUGCCACGGUGUUGAAAUACAGAAUACACUUUUCAAAAAUACAAAGUAUAGUAUAAUAGUUAUUUUUCACAUUAAACUUUUCCAUUCUGUAUUUUGCAUAAUAGACAAAUGCAUAACAGAGCUUAGCAUAAUUAGACCGUAUACAUUAUAUAGAAUCUACAACGAACCUUAUUUGCAUAAGCAACCGAUCUGCAGGAAGCGGCCGAGCUCAAGCUGGCAUACAAUAAUUCGACUUACCAUGCCAAUCUGUUUCACAGAGAUCUUUUAAUAUCUCUGUAACAGAUGACUGUUUCGACACGUGACGUCCAAUCAUUGGCUCAAUAGCGCGUGCAUUGUUUACAUAAGACGUUACUGAUUCGGGCUAAAUGGUGAAUUUUACUUGUUUUAAUACCCAUUUACACUAAAUAGGAAAUGAUUUUUACCAACAAACAAUUCAAACGUCUGUAUUUAUUUUUCUAAUAAAUGAAAACAUUUAAUUUGACGGAAGAAAAAAGUUAAUAUUUGGGACUCAUUAAGUUGCAUCGAUGUCAUCCUUAUCAGUGAUUGUAGAGGCCUAGCGAAAAUUCACCGCUGAUCAGUGCGUUACCAUGCAAUGAGGGAGAAUCAAGCUAGCAUGCAAUAAGGAAUUCGCUGGAUGAACAUGACUUCAGUAAAAUCAUGCGCUCAGCUUUCGAUAGGCCCCACAUUUUUAUGCGUCAACAUUCAUAAUGUGGACGUACUGUGCCGUCGCCCCAGUCUGUAUGUGUGUGUGUAUGUAUGUGUGUCUGUGGGUCGCCUACAAGGCAAAAUUCUUUAUGGAUUGUCUUGAAACUUUGCAUUUCCUUAUACCAGUGGUUCUCAACCUUUUUUUGCCAAAGGCACACCUUGGAACACAUGAACAAAUAACGGCACAACUGGCUAAAUAUAUAUGAAAAAUAUUUGAAUUUUGCAAAAUAAAAAACAUGGUAAAUCAGACGGAAUACAACGGUAGACAGAGACUAGUCAUAGACACAUAGAAUAACUCAAACUAAAUAAAGAAAAACAUAGCUAUGAACUUAUCAGUAGACACCACUACCAGUGAACAUUCAAUUGGAAUCACGUGAUUUUUUACAUUUUCUCACUGUGCCGUUCAAAAUUCCGAGGCACACCUAAAGGCCACAAUGUUUAAUGGAUCGUCUUGGAACUUGAAAUAAGUAUUCCUUAUAGCCUAAGGACGGCAACUAUUGAUUUUGGUGCAAUAUCCCGAUUCAGGGGCAGAGCCACGCCCAUUUUUUGUGUUUAUCGUAUACUGGCCGCAAUUCUGAUGGGAUCAUCCUCAAACUUGGUAUAUGUAUUCCGUAUAUCGUAAGGGCGGCAACUAUUGAUUUUGGUGCAUGUCCCGACCAGAAGGACAGAGCCACGCCCAUUUUUGUGUUUAGCGUCUGAAGGCCAUAAUUCUGAAUGGAUUAUCUUGGAACUUAUUCCUUAUACCCCAAGGACGGCAACCAUUGAUUUCGGUACAUGGUCCGUCUCCCUAGGGCGGUGCCAUACCCACUUUUUAUGCGCCCACAUUUUCAUGUGGACGUAUUAUGCCGUCGCCCCUGUCCGUCCGGACGUCUGGACGUCCGUCCGUCCACAAUUUGUUUGUGGACACUCUAGAGGUCACAAUUCUUAUCCGAUUUUGACGAAACUUGAAAUAUGGGUUUAUCUCCAAAAGAUCUCGACUGCUUUCGAUAUUGGCAUGUAUCGGAUUGAAACUUCAUGGAUUAUGGCUCCUGUUUGUACGAAAAAUCACGUUUUUAGCGUGUGGACCCAAUAGAGGUCACAAUUUUUAUCCGAUUUUGUUGAAACUUGAAAUGUAAGUUUAUAACCCAAAGAUCUCGGUUUCUUUCGAUAUCGCGCAUAUCGGACCAUAACUUCCUGAAUUAUGGCCCCUGAUUGUACGAAAAAUCGCGUUUUUAGCUUGUGGACCCUAUAGAAGUCAUAAUUUUUAUCUGAUUUAAAAACCUGUAUUAUUAUAUCACCGUUACACCCUAAGGACGACUGAGUUCGAAUUUCGUGAAAAUAGGCCAAAAAUUGACAGACAAAAUGACCGCUGUUCGUUCUCAAAUAGCGUAAGAAUAUGGUAUAUCAAGGUUGUGGACCCUAUAGAGAUCACAAUUUUUAUCCGAUUUUUUUGAAACUUGAAAUGUAAGUUUUUAACCCAAAGAUUUCGGUUCCUUUCGAUAUUCGCGCAUAUAGAACCAUAACUUCCUGAAUUAUGGCCCCUGAUUGUACGAAAAAUCGCGUUUUUAGCUUGUGGACCCUAUAGAAGGCAUAAUUUUUAUCCGAUUUAAAAAAGCGUAUUAUUAUAUCACCGUUACACCCUAAGGACGACUGAGUUCGAAUUUCGUGAAAAUCGGCCUAAAAUUGACAGACAAAAUGGCGGUUCUCAAAUAGCGUAAAAAAUAUGGUAUAUCAAGGUUGUGGACCCUAUAGAGGUCACAAUUUUUAUCCGAUUUUAUUGAAACUCGAAAUGUAAGUUUAUAACCCAAAGAUCUUGGUUCCUUUCGAUAUUCGCGCAUAUCGGAUCGUAACUUCCUGAAUUAUGGCCCCUGAUUGUACGAAAAAUCGCGUUUUUAGCUUGUGGACCCUAUAGAGGUCAUAAUUUUUAUCCGAUUUAAAAAAAACAUAUUAUUAUAUCACCGUUACAACCUAAGGACGGCUGAGUUUGAAUUUCGUGAAAAUCAGCCCAAAAUUGACAGAUAAAAUGGCCGCCGUUCGUUCUCAAAUAGCGUAAAAAUAUGGUAUAUCAAAGUUGUGGACCCUAUAGAAGUCACAAUUUUUAUCCGAUUUUGUUGAAACUUGAAAUGUAAGUUUAUAACACAAAGAUUUUGCGUUUUUUUGUCUACAGGCUAAAAUUCUGAAUCUGAAUGGAUCAUCUUGGAACUUGGCAUAUUUAUUCCUUAUAUCGUAAGAAUAGCAACUAUUUAUUUUGGGUGCAUGUCCCGAUCCGCAGGGGCCGUGUCACACACUUUUUUUUAAAAAAAAAGUACCAUAUGAAUCAAAGCAGGAAUGUGGACGUAUAUAGCAGCGAUAUCGAUGCUCUCGUUACUGUGAAUGUGAGUACCACCCCUUCUUCUGACCUUGUAAAUUGAUCGCGUAAAUAAUUAAUUUCCGUCUGCAAAUAAGGUUCGUUAUAGAUUCUAUAUGUUCUAAUAUGUUCAGUUCUAUUAUGCAUUUGUCUAUACUGCAAAAUGCAGAAUGGAAGAGUGUAAUGUGCAAAAUAACUAUUAUACUGUAAUUUGUAUUAUUUAGUGUAUUAAGAGUGUAUUAUCGUUACUAAUUAAAUAUUAUUUACGUACAUAUUUCCACAUUUUUAUCUUGUCGUUAUGAUAUUUUUACAACAUAAAAUAUCAAAAGACCAUCAAAACAUGACCAGUAUGACUUUAGGCCAUUCAGCGAGUCGACAUAUUUUUGCUGACUUUAUAAAUCCAGCCCGACCUUCAAUAAUUGAAAUGGAUGCAAUGAUCGGAAUACGGCUGCUUCUAAUGUACCAGUCAAAAAUUUUGAUAUAUAAAAAUCAAUCCGAUACAAAUACAAUCAAUGAAAGUGGAUCUAAUUGAAACUAUUGUCAUUCGAUUAGAUCGUAAGAAGCAUGAUCUCUUUGAUUAAAGGGCUUAUGGCUCUAUUCUUUGGAACCUUAAAAUAGACGAAAUGGGUCUAAAAGCACAUGGAUGUACAUUAUAUAAUAUGAUUUAUAUUAUGGAUAUUAUGUUCAAAUAUACUUAUUAUGUGAUUUCUUAUGAAUUAAAUUAUCUUCACGUCA